AUGCCUCCUGAGCUGCCUGAUAGGGGCGCUUCCUCCGACCACGGCGCGAUGAAAGAACGAUGGCCAGACUCGUCGAAGUCGUACCCAGGAAUGCGAGCAGACUAUAGGACGGCCACAAGUCCUGAAUUCCCUGGCGCGAGAAAACGGACUCCUUCUUCUUCUGAGCGGCGUGGUAUUCUCACGAUAUUGAGCGUCCUUCGCGGAAUGCGAGCCUUGAUUGAAUCGAUCAAGGAGACCGAGACACUAGUUCAAGCCCACUCGGAGAUCUGCAAACACGAGGAAAUCGCGAAUACCCUCGAACUCGACGAACCAGGGAUUCCAAACUUUGUGUGUGAGUCCGUACCAAACUUCAGAAUGCUGCACGCGUCUCGCUGUGUCUCCCGGCCUACUAGGAUCGGUAUCGGUAGAGAUUAA